AUGUAUAGGAAUUGUUAUCAAGGUGGAAUGCUGACGGUGUUCUAUAGCGUGGGCUCGAAACCUUUAGCAUUAUGGGAUAUGCACAUCCGAAAUGGCUACGUGACGAGGUUUUUAGAUCAAGAUAUCAAGUCCAUGGUAUUAGAGAUAGGUGGAGAUAAUGUAAGUACAACGUACAUCACUUGCCCAAAGGACAACAAAGUAUUAGGUAUCACGUUACCUUUUUUAGUUAUGAUAGUGAAAAAUUUGAAAAAAUAUUUUACAUUCGAAGUCACUAUACUUGAUGAAACCGGUACUCGCAGGCGAUUUCGUGUGUCCAAUUUUCAAAGCAGCACUCAAAUAUUGCCACUUUGUACUGUUAUGCCCAUCGGCCUCUCAGAUGGAUGGAAUCAAAUCCAAUUCAAUUUGGCGGAAUUUACUAGACGCGCUUACAAAAAACAAUAUGUUGAAGUUCAGAAACUUAAAGUUAAUGCAAAUAUUCGACUAAGGCGAAUUUACUUUACGGAGCGACUUCUUCCGGAAGACGAAUUACCGGCAGAGUACAAAUUAUUUUUUCCUUUAUCUAAUGCACCGAAAGGUAAGAACGCUAUUCAUGCAAAACCUCUUGAUAAGGAAAAUAUAAAAACUUCUACAUCGCAACAAUUAACUGAGCAUCCCUUACAGCCUGAUACAAAGGUUGAUAGUUUGAAAUCUUCUGAAAUUUCAAUUCAUUCUUUAAAGAAACAACCAUCCCAUGAAUCUAAAAAUAAUGUUAACACCGAAAUAGAAAAUACUGAAGACAUAGAAGAGACAAUGAAAACAGCUGAUAGUCUAGAUAAUAAAGGAUGUGAAGGAGAAAACCUUGUCGAAGAUAUCGUUACCGAAACACAAGCAGUGGAGACUAUGGAAACAACUGCGGCUGGAACAGAAACUACUGUUCUAGAUACAGUUCCGUCAGAGAGUGAUGCUAUAGAAGCAAAUCCUGCAGAAACUUACAUCACGGAACCAGUUCUUGUAGAAACAGAUGCUACACAGACUCCUGUUACUGAAAUAAUUGAAGGAGCAGUAAAUACUGUUGAAAAAUAA